AUGCUCCGCUCCACCGUAGUGCGCCGUCUCGGCAGUCCGACGUACGGAAGUUGGCCGUGGCCGUCCAAGCUGCCUCUCAAGAAGUCCUGGUACUACCGCCUCAGUCGGCGCGAGAGCAUCGCCGAUGAGACGCGGCAGUAUAUGGUCGUCGGUGACUUCCUCCUUCUGUUUGUGCUGAGCUUCUCCAUGUACCGCGUCUACGUGCUGAACCGCAACAACUCCUACCAGACCCAUCUAUGCCACCUGGUGAACUAUCCACCAGCAAUCAUCGCAAACGAAUUUGACUUCAAAGACAUGGGCGCCAACCGCGUCGUGGAGAGGAGGGAUUUGGACACGUACCGCGAGGAUGUGGUGACAUGCAAAAGCUCUGGUAAGCCCAUCGAGUCCAUAAUCUUUAACUACUAG